CAAAACGCAACCAUUGGACCCGCAUGUCAUAUCGUGUCUUGUAUCUCAAACUGUUCCGGAGCCAAGGCGGUGCGUCUCGGCGUCUCAUGGCGGCCACGAGCCCCUCCUUCUCUCCUCAGCGAUCCACUCUUCUAGAAUUCCCCAGAAGUAGUCGCUCUCUUCCUUCCUUCUCCGUUCGUUUCUCCGCUAAGAGUAAUGGAGCCUCUGUUUCCCCCACCUGCGACAACCUCGCCCAGGGCCCUCACUGCGUCUACGUUGGCCCCAUCGAGUCGGCCAGCCAAGAAACCCUCGAGGCUCUUUAUCUCCAAGCACGGGAUGCGUAUUACAGUGGAAGGCCUUUGAUAGUUGAUGACAUGUUUGAUAGAGUGGAGUUAAAGCUGCGAUGGUAUGGUUCGAAAUCUGUAGUCAAAUAUCCUCGUUGCAGUAUCAGGAGGCAAUCAACCUAUGCUGAUGCUGAGGCAGAUUUGUCUAUGAUUUUUGCAUUAGCCAGCACAUGGAUCGUCUUCCUUGCAUUUGGCAGCACAAUAUGCGUUGGGCCUGUGUUGUACACUAUCAGCAUGGCUUAUUAUACUGCAUUCAAUUCUGGAUUAUCCUAUGUCAACCAAGGAUCUGGACUGGGAUUUCUGGCCACAGUGAAUAGCGUUGUGUUCAUGACUUUGGGCUGUGUCAUUGGCUAUCCUGUUGCAUCAGCUUCAGCGAAGGUGCUUCAAGGCCUAUGGAGGAAUGACUUGGUGGCACUAAAAGGUGCAUGUCCAAAUUGUGGAGAAGAGGUAUUCGCAUUUGUAAGAAGGGACAGGGCUAAUGAUUCUCCCCACAGAGCAGAUUGUCACGUGUGCGGAUGCCUACUAGAAUUUCAGACCCAAGUCGAGGUAAUUGCAUUUGAAAGCUCAGCAAUCGGUAUCCAGACUGGGAAGAAAAUGGGUUUACGGGCGUAUUUACCUCGUUUCGCUCAGAGGCAGAUCCCAGCGCCAAAGACGGUUGUAAACUCGUAAUUAACCCCCCCGGGGGGGCGGGGGACUCCUUUUUCCCUUCGCCGAAGUAAAAAUUUAAGCAUUUGUGGUUUGUAGUUGCUUUAGUUACGUAUAGCAAGGAUGGGAAUCCAAUUAGUUUCUAUCCCAUUCUCAAUUGUUGUUAUGAAAACAGUUUUGGUUAUGGCCAACGUGUGCUAAUUCUCGGCAUACCGUCAUUUAACAGAAAUGGAUGGACGAUUUCUUCCUUUCGU